ACGAGCCGGCAAGAGCAACCCAGUAUUCCAGUGUUUCAGUUGGAGUGCAGACACACACAAGUCCACAUACACGCUCACAGAAACACUCACACGGGAGAUAAGAGAGAAGAAGCCAGCUAACGCCACAGCUGCCUCGGCUGCCACUGAUGUUUUAGCCCAGAUGGCGGGGAACUGUGAAGGGGAGCAUGUGCUGACGGGUCUGGACGAGGAGGCCAUCAUUGACCUCGGGAAGACCAGCUCCACCACCAACACCAACUAUGAGACGGAAGACCUGGAGAGCCACAGGGCGGUCUAUGUCGGGGUCCAUGUGCCGCUGGGCCGGGAGAGCAAACGCAGGCACCACGGCAGAGGCCACAAACACCACCGCAAGAGGAGGGAGCGGGAGGAGGACCGUGAGGAGGAGGACCCCACUUAUGACACACCCUCCCAGCGGGUGCAGUUCAUCCUGGGUACCGAGGAUGAUGAUGUGGAGCACGUCCCCCAUGACCUUUUCACCGAGUUGGACGAGCUGUCUUUCAGGGACGGGAGCGCCACUGAGUGGAAGGAGACCGCCAGGUGGUUGAAGUUUGAGGAGGAUGUGGAAGAUGGAGGGGAGCGUUGGAGCAAGCCCUACGUGGCCACCCUGUCUCUACACAGCCUGUUUGAGCUGAGGAGCUGCAUCCUCAACGGCACCGUCAUGCUGGACAUGAGGGCCACCUGUAUCGAGGAGAUUGCAGACAUGUUGAUUGACAGCAUGGUGGCGUCUGGCCAGCUGAAGGAGGAGCUGCGUCAGAAGGUGCGUGAGGCCAUGUUGAAGAGACACCACCACCAGAACGAGAGGAAGCUCAGCAACCGCAUACCGCUGGUGCGAUCAAUCGCCGACAUAGGCAAGAAACAUUCAGACCCGUUCUUGCUUGAGAGAAAUGGGGAGGGCCUCUCUGCCUCCCGCCACUCCCUGAAGCCAGGGGCCUCCGUCUCCAACCUGUCCCAGAGGCGAGAGUCCCGGGUCUCCAUCCUCCUCAACCUCCUCCUGCCAAACUCCUCCUCCACCUCCGCCGGGGGGCCCUCCACCGGACCCUCGCCCCUCACCACCCCCCAGGACACGCCUCCUACUCCCCUCCGCUCCCCAAACCCUCCCCGCGCUUCUGGCCCCGCCCCGGUCCGCCAGGCCAUCCCUGAGGUGGUGGUGUCACCGCCUGAGGACGACGAGUCUCCACCCACCGCCAUUACGAAGGAUGAGGAGGCGUAUUCCGCUCGGCAACCGUCGCUGCAGACUAGAGGGCUCCAGCAGCUGCCCUUAGAAGGGCCACUGAUAUCCACACACUCUGUCCCCAGUAACCUGGAUAGCAGCAGCAAGGCCGGAGACAGGAGGCCCUCCAAAGUUGGGGUGGACACGAACUUCAUGAAGAAGAUUCCUCCGGGCGCUGAGGCGUCCAACGUGCUGGUAGGUGAGGUGGACUUCCUGGAGAAGCCCAUCAUCGCCUUCGUACGCCUGUCUCCCGCCGUCCUCAUCACAGGGCUCACGGAGGUGCCCGUACCCACCAGAUUUCUGUUCCUGCUACUGGGUCCACACGGGAAAGGCCCUCAGUACCAUGAGAUUGGCAGAUCCAUGGCCACACUGAUGACAGAUGAGAUAUUCCAUGAUGUAGCGUACAAAGCCAAAGACCGGACGGACCUGCUGUCUGGGAUAGAUGAAUUUCUGGACCAGGUGACAGUUCUGCCCCCAGGAGAAUGGGACCCCACGAUACGAAUCGAACCCCCGAAGAACGUCCCAUCGCAGAUGAAGAGGAAGAUACCCUCCCAGCCCAAUGGGUCGGCCUCAUCCUCUGGGGAGAUGUUGGAGGAAGAUGAAGGCCACGGAGCUGGGCCCGAGCUGCAGAGAACUGGACGGAUCUUUGGAGGCCUGGUGAUGGAUAUAAAGCGGAAGGCCCCGUUCUACUGGAGCGACAUCCGGGACUCGUUGAACCUGCAGUGUCUGGCCUCCAUCCUGUUCCUCUACUGCGCCUGCAUGUCCCCUGUCAUCACCUUCGGAGGGCUGCUGGGCGAGGCCACAAAGGGCAAUAUAAGUGCCAUAGAGUCUCUGUUUGGGGCAUCCCUCACAGGAGUGGCUUUCUCUCUGUUUGCGGGGCAGCCCCUCACUAUCCUGGGCAGCACGGGGCCUGUCCUGGUUUUCGAGAAGAUCCUCUUUAAGUUCUGCAAGGACUACGGCCUGUCCUACCUGUCUCUGAGGACCAGCAUCGGCCUGUGGACGGCCUUCCUCUGCCUGGUCCUGGUGGCCACAGACGCUAGCUCCCUGGUCUGUUACAUCACCCGCUUCACAGAGGAGGCCUUCGCCGCGCUCAUCUGCAUCAUCUUCAUCUACGAGGCCCUGGAGAAGCUCUUCCAGCUGGGGGAACACUACCCCGUCAACAUGCACAACGAGCUGGACAACCUCACACUCUACUCGUGUCAGUGUUCUCCACCGGCCAACGCCUCCGCUCAGAUCUUGCAGACGUGGAACCAGACAGGACACACACCAGACUCUAUCUCCUGGAACAGCCUCAACGUAUCGAUGUGUAACCUGCUUCAUGGAGAGUUUGCUGGUCCUGCCUGUGGUCACCACGGCCCCUACAUCCCAGAUGUCCUCUUCUGGUCCAUCAUCCUCUUUUUCACCACCUUCUUCCUCUCCUCUUUUCUCAAGGAGAUCAAGACCGAGCGAUACUUCCCUACAAAUGUGCGCUCCACCAUCAGUGACUUUGCCGUGUUUCUGACCAUUAUGAUCAUGGUGCUGGUGGACUAUCUAAUGGGCAUCCCCUCUCCUAAACUCAACGUACCCGACCGCUUUGAGCCUACCUCCAAGCAUCGCGGCUGGCUGAUCUCCCCGCUGGGCCCCAACCCCUGGUGGACCCUGCUGGUGGCGGCGCUGCCCGCUCUGCUCUGCACCAUCCUCAUCUUCAUGGACCAGCAGAUCACCGCCGUCAUCAUCAACCGCAAGGAGCACAAGCUCAAAAAAGGCUGUGGCUACCAUCUGGACUUACUGGUGGUGGCGCUAAUGCUGGGGGUUUGCUCCAUUAUGGGCCUGCCCUGGUUCGUAGCCGCCACCGUGCUCUCCAUCUCCCACGUCAACAGCCUCAAGGUGGAGUCGGGCUGCUCGGCCCCAGGAGAACAGCCCAAGUUCCUGGGCAUCAGAGAGCAGAGAGUCACCGGCUUCAUGAUCUUUGUCCUCAUGGGCUGCUCCGUCUUCAUGACCUCCGCACUCAAGUUCAUUCCUAUGCCAGUGCUAUACGGAGUCUUCCUCUACAUGGGAGUCUCUUCACUCAAAGGCAUUCAAUUCUUUGACCGUAUCAAGUUGUUUAGUAUGCCAGCCAAGCACCAGCCUGACCUGAUCUACCUGCGCUACGUUCCCCUGUGGAAGGUCCAUGUAUUCACCCUGGUGCAGCUCACCUGCCUCAUACUGCUGUGGGUUAUCAAGGCCUCGGCAGCUGCCGUCGUAUUCCCAAUGAUGGUGCUGGCCCUCGUCUUCAUUCGGAAGCUUCUCGACUUUUUCUUUACCAAGAGGGAGCUCAACUAUCUGGACGACUUGAUGCCCGAGAGCAAGAAGAAGAAAGAGGAUGACAAGAAGAAGAAGGAGAGGGAGAAACGGGAGGCCCAAGCUUUAUUGCUCAUAGAAGAACAGGUGGGCGUGAAUGCUGUGAAGGUCCAUUAUGACGGUGGGAACCUGCUCAAGAUCCCAGUCAAAACUCUCUCAGGGAGCUCAUGUGACCUCGGCAAUGUUAAUAUCUCUGAGGAAAUGGCCAAAAGCGGGGCAUGCAAAGCAGUGGCGAUGAGCGCCGACUUCGGCCCAUCUAUGAAGCGUAGCCAAAGCCAGGAGAAGGUGGCCUUUGUUAGAGUCAAUAUGGACACCACCGAGGCAGGAGGGCAGAGUUCAGCCUUGGAGACGGCCUUGUGAUUGAGGAGACCUUUGUCCUACCACCCCCUAACCCCACAGAGGGCCACUCUGUUACAGUGAGCAAGGUGAGAGGGUGAGCUAGACCUGGAGCAGAGAAGUCAGACUGGUCUCUGGAGAAGCCCCUUUUGUGCGUCUCCUCGGUCAACAGUUGAGCUCCAGUUACCUCCAGUGGUCCAGUGUAGCUCUGGGGAUCCCGAGGCCCCCUUAGCACACAGAGGACUAACUUCCUUGCAGUGGAGAGCACAUUGCUAGGAUAUAAAUUAACCAGACUGACACUGCCCACCGACCCCCACCAUUUUGGGUCAAACUCCAAUGUGAACCAAUUAUUUCCCACCCAUUGCCACAGCUGCCAAAAGAUGGGGCCACCACUGCCACACUGAUGCGGAAUCUUCUUCGAUUGUCAUGUAUGUGUGAAUUUACUUUAUUUUAAAAGGUAUAUUUUCUCAUCAAAAUUUGAAGCGAUAUUUUGUAAAAAUAAAUAAAUAAAGAUUCACAUCCUGAGACAUUCUGGUCUCUGUCAAAUAAUAUACAUUUACUUUAAAUGUACUAUACACAAACCAGCUACACCAGCUCCAGAAGCAUGUCACUCAAGCAAUGAUUCAGGUUGUUAUUUCUGUAAUUUCAACAGUGCAAACUGGUUACAUCACGACUAGACACUGGUGAUCUAAACUGUUGCAAACCAAAAGAAGAAUGUGGACAUUCAAGCAUCUAUACCCCAUAAUCUUUCUUGGUUGUGAAACAUUGACAGAAAGGUUGGAGUGGCAACCUCUUUUUACUGCCCUUGUACUGUAUCCGUACUGUAUACUCUGCAUUCUCAGUAUUGAUAUCGCUGCUCAGAUAAAGUUGUUCAGCAAUUUUUUUGUUUGUCACUGUUGUGCUGUUUUAGUGGAAUUGUGUGCUUUAUGUUUUAAUGGACAAUUUAAAAAAAUACUCUAAUUUAAGGUUAAGAAAGUGAUGAUAUGAAUAUUACAAUAAGCACUUUAGAUUUGUUUGCCAGUAGGAAUUAGUGCACAGGCCUGAAUUGAGUUAAAAACAUGGAAUCUGAAGAUCCACAAAACUGUUGCUGAAAUGUCUAGAAAAAGCAACGACUCAGGAAUCUACAUGAUUUCUUAUUGUGGAAAGUUCUUUACUCUCAUUUGUCUCACUACUCAUACCGUAUUUCAAUAGAAUAGCCUAUUUCUCUAUUGAUGGGACAAUUCUUUUUGAUAAACAGGAGAAAAAAAACAUCUAAAUUACUGUGCCGUUCUUCUAAUAACAAUGAACGUUAUUCUGUGCAGUAAAACUGUAUUGUACAACUUAUGCUGCACAUGUUUUAAUACUUGUCACAUGUAAAAAGUAAGUUCAGUAUUACAGACAUUUCCAAAAAAUGAGCCGUAAAAUGUAUUGCAAUUAUAUAUUUCUAAUUUGCUUAGCACACAUGCUCCUGAUUUAGCAAUAAGACAAGUGAUGUGAGUACAAUGCGAUGUGUGGAGUGAUGGUUCUAUUGAGCUGUCUGGGGGGAGUUUGUCAAACCCCAUCCACUUUGUGUGUCUGCUCUAUUGACUAUGUUAGUGUGUCGCUGAUUAUACAGACAAUAGCUUAUGUGCCUUGUGAAUGCUCUUUGUGUCUUUUAGUCAUACUGUAAUCAAACUUUUCAGGUAGUACAUACACAAACACACAGCAGUAAGGAUCUGAAUGUUUUUGUGAAAAUCAUAUCCUCUUCAACCAAACCGGCAAACUGAACUGAUUAAUAAGUUACAAAUAUUAACUCAUUAGUACUUCAUUGUACCCAUUUUCUGUCAAGAUAUGUACUGUAUGUUUCUAUGUCACAGAUGUGUUUGUUCAAAUAGGAAGAACUGUAAUGUACUGUAAUCAAAUAGAUUGUUUUAUGCAAUAUCA